AUGAGUUGGCAGUACAGCGGCUCUGUCACGAAGUCCACCGCUGAACUUCAACGCCUCGUGAACGACGUCCUUCUCGAUCCCCGCUUUGAGAAGGACGACCUCCUCGGCUUCAACGCCCCUCGAGAGAAGCAUCGCCUCGACGGAUAUCGAACGACCUCAGGCGCGUUUUCCGCGAACGACGGAUGGCAUGAGCUAGAGGUUGAGCUUCACCUCCCCAAGGAACGCGUCAUGCACGACAGCGAGGCGUCCACUGAGUCCUUUUUCGUUCAUGGCAUCUGGGCACGUAGCCUUACCGAGGUCGUCAAAACCGCAUUCCAGGACAUCAUCUCCCGCAAGUAUCAUUGGUUUCCACAUCAGCUUUUUCGCCGACUGUCCCCUCUCGCGCCCCUCGAACGGAUGUACACAGAUGUGUAUAACUCUGAUGCCAUGCUUGAAGAGCACAACGAGAUCCAGAAGAUGACGCGCCACCCUGACGAUCCCCCGGACCUAGAGUAUGCAGUAUGCGCCCUCACCGUCUAUUCAGAUUCUACCCAUCUUGCUCAAUUCGGAACGGCUUCCUUAUGGCCCAUUCACGUACUCGUUGCAAACCUCUCCAAAUAUUUCCGCCUCAAACCGACGAUGUUCGUGGCACAUCAUCUCGCAUACGUUCCGACUCUGCCUCCCGCGUUCUUUGAGUGGUACAAGGACCUUUACGGUGCUCCUCCUUCCCCAGCCGUCAUUCGCCUUCUGAAACACGAUCUGAUGCAAAAGAUCUGGCUCGAAUUACUCGACCCCCAGUUUAUGCACACCUAUGUACACGGAAUUCUGGUCGAUUGUGGUGAUGGUGUUUUGCGUCGUCUAUUUCCACGUAUCUUCCUGUACUCGGCGGACUACCCAGAGAAAUGUCUCGUUGCCUGCCUCAAGUUUCUCGCAAAAUGUGCAUGUCCCGAGUGUCUGAUCGAGAAAACCGACUUUGACGAGAUGGGUACGGAAACAGACCUCCAAAAUUGUGUCGUGAAGAGGCGCGUUGAUUCCAACGUCCUACACGCAGCUGUUGCGAAGGCCCGUGAAUGGAUCUUCAACCUCGGUCGCACCCCCGAGGGUUGCAACGUUAAGGCGACGGUGCUGAACAAGGUCUCGAUCACUCCUACCCGGUCCGCAUUUUCCAUUCAAUUUGCCAAAUUUAAGAAGAACGUGUACAAUCUCUUCGUGCCGGAUUUGAUGCACGAGUUUGAAUUAGGCGUGUGGAAAUCGACUUUCACUCACCUUAUUCGUGUCCUCAUCGCCGCCGGGCAAGACGGGGUCCAGAUGCUUGACGAGCGGUUGGUCACUGGCCUCGCAUUGAGUUGUCUCAACGCCGCUGAUUAUCCACCCCAGGUUCUCGCGUGUCCGGACAUUUGGGCGCGGUGUCAUCUGUCCUUUUGGAGGGAACAUCUCCGGAAUGAAGAAGCUUGCCGCAAGGGACUUUGA